CUUUCAAAUAUUUCCAAUCCUUUGGCUACUAUUGGAGAAAUAGUAAGCCAGAUCGGAAAUCCAUAAGUCAAAAUAGGUCGAAUGGCAACUUUAUACAAAAGAAGUUUUCUAUUUGUUGGUAAAUACUUGUUGUUGAAAAAGUAUGAGAACAUUCCUGUUAUCCGUUGUGCCUUCUGCAAUAUUGUUUGGCCAUGGUGAUUAAAAUUCAGCAACUAAUUAAAGUGGAUUCCCACGUAUUUAAUGCUUGAUUUAAUGGGGAUAUCAACGCCAUCAAACGACAAGUGUAACAUUUUACUUUCAGGCCCGAUGGCUUUGGGGCAAUUACCUGAGGCAUUCUAAUACAUAUUUUGACAAAGUAUUGAAAAACACGUUCUGUGCCAAAUAGAGUUAUAAAAGGGGAAGCAAAGUAUGAAAAAUUAAAUAAAACCAAAGAAAAAAAAUCGAUGUGCCGCUUUUGGCAAAAGCUGUAAUAAACACACGAUGAAUACGAUCAUGAUGUGCCGUCUAAAAGUGUCAUAAGAUAGAUGACUCGAUUUUAUAAUCGACUAUUCGAUUUUUAAAAAGCCAUAAUUAAAAUAAAUAAUUUAGCUGAACAAAAAAGUCGAAAAAGCACUCUACCUUUUUAUUUUAAUGGUAUGCAAAAUUCUAUAAUCAAAAUAAGUUUUAUAAAGACAGCAUUUGAAAAAUUAAAUUAAACAUUGCAUGACAGUUGUGUUGCUCAUUAUCAAAUGAACUUUGCUCACGGCCGAGUACUGAUAAACCGUAAAAUUUUAUGUCAAAAAUAUGAAUUUUCGAAAUGCCCGUGCACGGCAGCCAGAAAUUGUUCGUUCUAUACAAAAGGAUUCAAGAUAUACCAAUGAACUUUCGGAAGACUUCUCGGAUUUAUUGAGGUUGACAGGACCGCGGAACUGGAUCAAAUACAAUUUGUUCACGAAGCUGAUGGCGGAAUUAACAUAUCAUGGAUUUGCGUCUUUAAACAAUUUACAAACUCUUGGUGAGGAAUACACGGGAAUCAUACAAGUCGAUGCUGAUUACAAACAAAUUCCUUCAAGAUUACUGCAAAUAUCGGCAAUUCUACUGGAGUUUGGAGGAGACGCCUUGUAUAUCAAAGUAUUGCAAAAACUAAAUAGGCAUAUUGAGGACAAUGAUGAUAUAGUACCAGAGGCAAAAUCAAAAUUAAAAUCAAUUGUAAAAUGUAUGCUUAUUUCUCCUUCGUACAUUAAGGCUUUGCACAAAUCCUUGUUUUACCUACGCUCUGACAAAUAUCAAAUUUCAAAACGCUGCACAGGCAUUAAUUAUGUGCUAAUACGGCAUUGGUUGCAACCGGAGUUCUCAUUGUAUGGAUACAAAAUCUUGGGUGUUGUGACAUUCUUACAAGUAACAUUUUCCGUUGCUAUAGCUGCAUUUGAGACAUGGAAGGAGCACAAACGAAAACAGUUUGAAAUAACAAAAUCCCUUAAACGCUUUAUUAAUAGAGAUAACUAUACAAAGCAGAUUGAAGGACAAAGAAACGCCUCGAGCUCGUGCAUAUUGUGCCUAGAGCCACGAAUGCAUACUACCCUAACCCCAUGUGGACAUUUGUUUUGUUGGGGCUGUUUGUUGGAUUGGUUGGACGAACGAUAUGAAUGCCCUCUAUGUCGAGAGACAUUAAAAAAGUGUCAAGUUGUACAAUUACAAAAUUAUUUGUAGAUUUAUGUGUUGAUUACAGAUAGCAACUAACGUUGAGUUGAAAUUUGUAUUAUGUAUAUCAUCGUUUUUGGCAGUCUGGCGGAGAUUCCAAAUGUCAUCCACUCCCAAAAUGCAACACUUCCCAAGUCUCUUCGAUUUGAAACAGGAAAAUGUUCCAACGUUCUGCAAUCCCAGCCCCUAUUCGUAUUACUUUUGCAACCAUCUAAUAAACCACACAAUCAUUUGGAAAGGACUCAUUAGGCACAACUCCAAGGUAAUCAAAGAAAAAAGCAGGCAAAACCAAGAGAUUUCUCAUGCCUCUUUUUUUAAUUCUAAGAGUUUUGAUCGAUUGGCAGAUCAAGAAUUUGGUUUAUAUUGAGAACAUAUCUAUUUAUCGACUUAUUCGCAAUUUUCAGUUAAGCGUAAGAAUUAAACAAUAAAGCAUAAGUGAAAACGAAA